GAAUCCCAAUUAGACCUUGAUGUCUAUCACGAUCAAUAAUACAAUAAUGAGUAUUGAUGACAAGAAGCACCGUACCUGUGUCGGACGGACAGCCUAAUAUCUUCUCAUGUUGAAUGAAUAAUCAAGAGGAAUAAGUAUCAAUCUGCACUCCGAAAAGUUAACAUUUACUCCAAUCCUCAACCACCGACAACAGUCAAAAGAGAGAAACUGGGACUCACCCAAAGCAGUUGACACUUCCUCAAACAGAAGCUCAUAAUGGACGCAGCAGAUGAUGAUAAAGAUGUACGGCUCCAAAGAGAGUCGGGAGAACUCUUGGAAGAUUUCGAGAAAUCACUACACCCAUUCCUUCACAACGUUACUAACAAGAGUCAACUACGAAGGAGAGUCCGCAUAAGAGAAACAGAUAGAUUGGCAGCAUUGGUAUUGAUAUUCCUUCUAAUACUACAUCAUAUGCUAAGUUUGUCCGUAGCUAGAUAAUUUUCAAGAACUUCCUCAACUCCUCGAUCCACACCUUCAAAGACUGGUACCCAUACUAGCUGAUGCUUUCAUUGCCUCCAUAUCAAAACCACCUUCGAAGACCCCUCCCGCUCAUACCCAACUAUUGAUGCCUCUAUCAAAAGCUAUUUGUCGAUUGCUCUAUACAUUUUGUAAAGUCAGAGGAGAGAAAGUUAUCGUUCAGUUCUUAAAUACCGAUGUCAAACUUAUUGAUUUAUUACUUUCUGCUAUCGAAAAAGGAACAUGGAUAAAUAAUGAUGCAUGCGAAAAAUCAAUAGAGGAAGUAUGGGGCUGGGAGGAACGAUAUAUAACUUUGCUUUGGCUUUCGCAGUCACUCAUGGCACCUUUCGCUCUCAAUUCCUUGUCAUCCACUCCCCCGCCUCGUGAUGCCGAGUUAUAUCUCGCUCAUUUCAAAUUACCAGCCAAUACUCCCGGUGUAGUAUUGCGGUCUAUCGCAUUGGCCAUAAAAUAUCUCUCCUCAUCUGGCAAGGAGAAGGAUGCUGCAAAAAUCCUACUAGUGAGGGUUGUUCUGCUCAAGGAUAUGCAAGAUCUUGGGGUCCUGAAUUCUUCAAUAGUGUGGGCAACGUCUGUUCUGAAGUCUAUUAACGAAAAUCGAAAUAUACACUAUAUCAAUGGUGUUUUGUCCUUUCUUGCUGGGAUUCUCAAGUCAUCUACGGGCACCGCUUAUAUGGACUCUGGUGUGGAACCAGUAUUCUAUGCUGUUUCUAACUUUGUGGAAUCAUCCGAUCGUUUCUGUAAAGAAGUUCAAAGCUCGGCCGUUGCGCGAAAAUUUAUUAUUAAGAUUUUCCGCGGCAUUGCUUUGCUCAAUUUACGUCCAUCUUUCACAACUAUAGAUGUCAUUUUGAGUGACUGUGUUGAUUUCAUGUUACAAUCGCUAUUGGAUCCAUCAACGCCGGUUAGACUGGCUGCAAGUAAAGCGUUAAGCGUCGUUAUUUUAAAAUUACAGCCUGAACACGCAUAUGAAUUUGUACUUGCAAUUUUCGAGAUGUUAGAAGCGUUUCCAACCACUGAUGUUUUGAAUUGGCAUGGCCAAAUUUUAACACUCUCACAUUUGCUAUAUCGUCAUGCGGCACCUCCUGGAUUGCUUGAUAAAGUGAUUGUUUUCCUACUCAAAGCUUUAUCAUUUGAAGGAAAGUCUUCAUCUGGUAGCUCUAUUGGAACAAAUGUGCGAGAUGCUGCAUGCUUUGGAAUAUGGGCAUUAGCUCGACGUUACUUAACUGCGGAAUUACAGGAUAUUGACAUCAAAUCCGAAGGGUUUAGUCAUUCCAUGAAUACCAGCUCUACUAUACAAACUCUAGCAACACAUCUCGUUGUUUCCGCAUGCUUGGAUCCUGCCGGAAAUAUACGUCGAGGAGCUUCUGCAGCACUUCAAGAACUGAUAGGUCGCCACCCAAAUACGAUCAUUGAGGCCCUGGAGUUGGUGCAAAUUGUUGACUAUCAUGCUGUAGCUCUUCGAUCUAGAGCGAUACUGGAAGUGGCAGUUUUAGCUUCUUCAUUGGCUUGCAAAACCGACAACGGAGAGUCCUGGCACCACUAUGGAGAGGCACUCCUUGAAGCAUUACGAGGUUGGCGUGGGGUCGGUGAUGCCGACCUUGCUACAAGGCGGAAUUGUGCUGAAGCCUUCCGUCUUAUAAACUUCUCGGAAAAGAAUAGCAAAACUCCUAACACAUACAAAGGUUCUUACGAGACUAUAUGUUCUCUCGAUCAACAACUCAAUGAUCUUACACUCCGUCAGACUAAUGAACGACAUGGAUUACUCCUGCUUAUAGCGGCAGCACUUCUUGAAUGUCCAAACUUCCACGAAAGAAAGGAUUAUGCUGUUUCUUUUCAAGUGUAUUCGGAUAGAAUUCUCGAAAUGCUCACUUCUUACAUUUCAAACAUAACGUCAGUAUCAUCCCCACAAAGCUGGCGACGCCCUGACUUAAUGGCGGAAGCUGUGGCAUGUGUGAUCUUUCAUUGUUUCCGUAUAUUUGGGACAAUAGUCAUGCUUAAAAGGCAGGGUGCGCCUUCUGUCUCCAGCGAUAUAUUAAAAUGGUUAGACGACUCAAAAACCAGAAAGGUCCUUAUGUUCGAGUAUGAAGAACCUUAUGCAGAGCAUAUGGUUAGUACCUCGGACCAUCAAACAGUGGCUGAAGUGUUGGCUCAUACCAUGGAUGAGUUUGAGUCUUCCGAUGCCCAACACGAUUCAAAUGUCCAAAAUGAGUUGAAGGAUCAUAAUGUCGAAAACGCAAGCGGAAAUUUUACAACCUUUCCAUUGCUUGUUAGAAGCUUCAUCGAACACUUUACUGACACUAGUUCUGAAGAAUUAGUUACUCUUUUAACGGCUUGUCACCGCAGAUCGUUCUUUUGGUAUUCUGCUGGCCAUCGGAAUAGCUUAAUCGAUCGUAUGCUGCUGUCAAUGCAAAAGACUCAGCUGACAUUCUCCAUGCUUUUAAUAUCCUACUCAUUGUUCCAAAAUAACAUGAAUGAUCAAGUGAACAAUAUCUCCAUCGCAUUACAUGAGAGCUGGAAGUCAACUAUCGGCAAACGUAUUUACGAUAUCAAGACACGACUGGCUUUGCUUCCAUAUAUUUCAAAAGAGAGCAAAGCGCUAAACUCUUCUAUUAUUGGGUUCUGGGAUAUAGUUUCACAUGGUCUUGAUGACUAUCAUACAGAUCCAGCACAAGGUGAUAUUGGAUCGCGAGUCAGACUAGAGGCUAUCAAAGGAGCUGCGGCAAUCUUUUUAUCGACAGACUUAAGAAGUGAUCCAGCUAAUAUGAAAAUAUUUUCGACCAUGUUUGGUAAGCUGUUAAGACUUUGCACUGAAAAGUUGGAUAAAGUUCGAACAGAGGCAAAGAAAGCCCUUUUGGUCAUUCUUCCAAGUCUUGUAUCCAAGUAAGUCCGAUCGUUUACCAUUUUUCCCUCACUUCUAACAUUGUGGCAAUUUAGAUCCGACACUUUAUCCUUUGAGCAAAGUUCAAUUUCUUCUUAUGAACAUUUUCGUUUUAUGCUAGAUUUACAAACUGGAGAUCGUCUUACUGGAAAUACAACAACUCACGAAUUUGAAUGGCUUCCUUCAUGGACGGAUAAAUUGUUGGAAGGAUAUGUAACUUCUGCCCAUGGAGGUACAGAAGAUUUACGUCGCGUUAGCAUUGCUGCUUUGAUUGAUUUUUGCGAUGACAACCCUGCAAAUAGAAAAUUUAUUGGUGCGGCUCUGGUUAGAAAUCUAGAAACCCAUCAUCGCAAGAAUGAAAAGGUGGUAGUGGGUACAUUGGAGAUUAUCGCGCUAUUGCUGGAUAUGGGACUAAUGUAUAAAGAUUACACGGCUGAGUUAGUACAUCCAUCAUCACUGUCCCGAUUAACUUAUUUAUUCUGCUAACAAAAAUAUUUAAUAAAUAUAGACAAUACCAAACACUCUGCGAACAAAUCGCAAAAGAAACCAAUAGUUCCCGAAUCGAUAAAUGUAAAGCGGCCAUUAAAUGUUUUGGACGAUUAGCGCCCGUGUACCCAGAAACCAUCGAUAAUUUUUUGCUAGACUUGCUCUUUCAUAAGUUUCCCGGGAUAAGAGAUGCAGUCAUGGAUGAAUUGUGGGAUUUGGGUUUUGUGUCUGUGAAGAGGAUUGAUGUUAAGGAUUUUAAGCGAGAGCAUGAUUUGAGGAGUCUUAUUGCGAGGUAGGGAGGGGUUUGGGAUGUGGGGCAAUUAAUCGUUUGCGGGAUUGGUGUGGUGUAUGUAGGUAGUUGGUUUUUUUAGUAGAGGGAAUCCAUGAGGAUCUUUUUUUCUAUUUUGAUUGCGGGGUUGGAGAUUGGGGUG